AUGGGUGCUCGAGUCUCCAGAAGUGAUUUCGAAUGGGUUUAUACCGAGGAACCCCAUGCGACGAGACGAAAGGAAAUGUUGGCAAAAUACCCAGAGAUGAAAAAGCUAAUGGGAAGCGAUCCUAAGUUUAAAUACAUCGUCAUUGCCCUGGUGCUCCUGCAGCUGCUGGUUUGCUAUACACUGAAAGAUUGCUCCUGGCCAACAACCUUCAUCUUCGCCUACAUUCUAGGCGGAACAGUCAACCAUUCUCUUAGUUUGGCCAUUCAUGAAAUUGCCCACAAUUUGGCUUUUGGCCAUAAUCGACCUUUUGCAAACAGAUUAUUUGGAUUUUUUGCCAAUUUGCCUCUAGGUUUGCCAGUAUCAAUUUCGUUCAAGAAAUAUCACUUAGAUCAUCAUCGAUACCAAGGAGAUGAAAAGAUGGACGUUGAUAUUCCUUCGGGACUGGAAACAAAAUUCUUCACUCGCACUCUGCACAAAUUUGUUUGGGUAAUUUUGCAACCGUGGUUCUAUUCGAUCCGCCCAUUCUUUGUCAACCCAAAGCCCUUGAGCAUCUUGGAGAUUAUCAACCUCAUCCUUCAGCUGUCAUUCGAUAUUAUUCUUUAUAAGUACCUAGGCUUUAAGGCCUUGGCAUACUUAGUUCUGGGUACCUUCAUGGCUACAGGGCUUCAUCCAAUGGCUGGGCAUUUUAUUUCUGAGCACUAUAUGUUUGUUAAAGGCUACGAGACCUACUCUUACUAUGGUCCCCUAAACUGUUUGACAUGGAAUGUGGGGUAUCAUAAUGAACAUCAUGAUUUUCCCAGCAUUCCAGGAUCUCGAUUGCCACAGGUUCGGAAAAUUGCUCCAGAAUACUAUGACAACCUGCCCUGCCAUCAUUCCUGGGUUAGUGUGAUUUGGGAUUUCAUAUUUGAUCCUGAGAUUGGACCGUAUGCUAGAGUAAAGCGCAGAUCUCCGAAAACCGAAGCAAGCAAGGAUAGUCAUAAUGCAAAGGUGAAUGGUGAUGGGGCACAAGAGAAUGGUAAUGGAGCACAAGUAAAGGUUAAUGGAGCACAUGCGAAUGGAAACGGAGCACAAUAG